AUGUCACUUCCCCGGAUGUCCCGUCUGGGUGAUAUCGAAUGGCUUUCAGGAUUUCGUCCCUCGAAAAGACUUCUUGAUUCAUUAGCUCGGUGCCCAUUAGAGACUUUAACCCUGAAUGCUGGCUUGAUGCUAGGUUAUCAUAGCCAAGCAGACGUACACCUCCAUGAAAGCUUUGAAUUUUCAAAGUUCGAUUGGAACAGAAUCCAGGCCCUUCACCUUUUUAACCUCAAUGACUCGGAAAGUGUCAGGUUGAUUUCUCGUGUAAUUCGUCACGCAGGGGAUCAACUCAAAGACCUGAAACUUCACUUUUCUCUACCAUUCCCUCGAGAUAGCGAAGUCCCAAACACCUUUCAAUACGCUGCCAUUGCUCCGGUCUUCGAUGAACUCAGCCAAGGUUUACAGCCAAAACAGCUCGAAACUCUGGGUAUAUAUGAGUGUGGUGAAGUCAACCUCGCGUCCCUCUUUGAUGUUUUCGAUUUCUCGACCAUCAAACACUUUAUUUUUAUGCCGCAAUGCAGCCAUUAUGAAGUUCCUUCUUUAGUGUGGAGUGAACUGCAAAAGCGAGAAGUCAGCUUCGAGACUGUGAUGGUGGAUGAGGAAGGUGAAGGGAUGCUUGCUUGCUUGUCAUCUUUCAAAGGCCUGCGUCAGCUGUUCGUUCAAUACAUCACAACGAAUUUUGAAAUUGCACCAUUGUGUGCACGGAAUUGGGGCUCUUUAAAGACUGUCUUCCUACCCCAUGGGCAAGAUUCAAUGCCGGAUGUGGAAAUUCUCUUGAACAAUUGUGAAUGUCUUCAGGAGCUCGGAGUGACUCUAUACACAUCAAGUAUGCAUCAACUCUUCAAACUCCUUGACCAAACCCGUACCCUAAAGUCAUUAUACUUCUAUACAAGUUGUAUACGACCAAACCUCCCUGGCACCGGGCCGGAAAUAUCUCCGAAGACCUUCAUCAAACGGUUCGUGGAUUACUUUGCUCGCGGGCAACGUCGCCGACGCCCGCAAAACUUCUCCUUCUUCUACCACAACCUCAAGAGGGUUUCUUUCCACGACGCCUUAUGGGCGAUGAUGCCAACCUGCGACAACUCCGUCGACGGGUCGUUGUUCGACUAUAUCAGUCGAAACAACCACCCGAAGAAGAUCCCAAUUCACGACACGGAAAUCAUCAGCACAGUCAAAGCUGCGAACCAGCUUGUGCUGAGUGAGUUGAGAGGAAAGGGAGUGGCGUUGGUGCCAGUUCGGGUACCAUGGAGCAGGCAUAGGGGUGAUAAGACCCUCGAAAGGCUUAUCGACUACCUCAUUACGAGCCAUCCAGGGAGGGCCGCAUAA